GUGCGCUCAACGCGGGAAACUGGGCCGCCAUCAGGUUGAUUCAGGCAACUACUUAUCUUCCACGCAAUUCUUCCUCACCCGUAACUGCCGUUGACGGGCAACACGGACGAGCUACUGGCCUUGUGGCCGCUACGGAGGUGUCGUUUGUACUCUAGUACAGUAGUUGAGUCGACCACAUCGUACAUGAUGCAUCGUGCAAUGCUGCUAUACCUGCCCGGCAAGCCCGGCAGACCAGUAGUUUAGGAGGCGGAAUCCUCCCCUCGCUAUCCUUGAAGCGCGCCACAUCCAGCAGGUGCAGAGGUGUGCGCGAAUCGGCUGAAUGCCGACCGUAUCUUCGCCCAUCGUUUCACCCUGUUACAGUCCGCCGUUUCGUGUUCUCGCGAGCGGAAACGAGCAACGUUAGCUAGGGUCGAGCAUGAGCGUUCUCAGUCCGAUAGGCUCUACCGAGAGGUAGCAGGUGAAACCCUCUCUCGUUAGCAUCCCUUGGGUCUACCUAGAGGUAUCGCGUUGCGCCCGUGCGCCGCCCUGCCGCGACAACCUUUCGAGAUCUUUAGAAAGUGCCGAAGCAAACGGAUGGACCUCGAGAACGACGGCGCCGCGGUCACCGCCGAGUGGCCCGCUGCCCCCCCGCCGCCACUGUCUCUCGUCGACGGGCUCUGCUUUUCCGAGUUCGCGCCGCGAGAUGCGCGUGAGAGCGCUGCUGAGGAGGCGCUCGAGUGGGACGGGGGCAGCAUGGGGGAGUGGGCGGGCGGAAAGCGGGACGAGGAGGAGUGGGGGUUGGAGAAGGGGGUGAUAGCUGGAGCGCGAUGGGGGGGGAGCGGCUGAUGGGGGAAGGGGAAGGCGGAGGAAUGGGCGCGACGGGGGCUACUCCCCGCGGUGAUGGUUGUCAGGUUUCGCAAUGGCCGUCCGCGCACUCCGCGAAGCUUUCUGCGGCGGAAGCUCCGCACACCCCACUGAUCCAAGCCAUUGCGCGCAAGGGCAUCUCCGCAUCCGCCGUGGUCUCCCCAAACCAGGCCGCCACGGUUGCUGCGGCUACACUUGCGACAAACGGAUGGAAUCCGCUGCGUCUGCCGCUGCAGGCUCAGGAGAAUCUUCAGGAGAUGCAUCAGUGGCAAGUCUUCCACGCCAGCGACGGCUCCUGCCUCACCUCUUCCCCCACCGCCGCCACUUCCGCCGCCGGCGGCUUCGCGAGCCGCCGCAACCUCGGCGGAGUAGCACCCUCCGCAGCAACCAGCGCUUGCGCCCCUGGCGCUCCUGGUGGCCCCGCUGGCCUUGCGCCCUCGAUCCCCCCUCUGUCUCUUCCGCCGUCUGCUUCUUUCACCGGGCCGCCUAGCGCUGCUGCCGCGGCCUGCGCUGGGGUCCAGACCACGGAAUGCGGCGGCCACGUGCCAGCAACGUGGUUCACUCCCGCUGCGCGCACUGCCACGUCUUCCGUGUCCCCCGCGUCGCUGAUGUCAGCGCUGGGGUCGCUCCAGGGCAAGAUCGCCGCGCUGCAGCUGCUGAUUCCGCUGGUGGCGCAGAGCGACCCCUCCCCCGACGUGCAGCAGCAGCAGGAGGCGGCGGCGGUGGGCGUGGCGGCGGUGAUUCAGCAGGUGGCGCUCGCCGCCGUGGGGCUGCUGCCGCCGCGGCUGCAGGCACAGCUGCUGCUGCCCGACAUCGCGGGGGUGGCGCGCGCGGAGCAGAUGCGCGCGGAACAGGCGGAUCGAGAACUGGCGAAUCAGGAGCAGGUUGCGGCGGAGGGAGCGGAGCAGCAGCAAGCGAUGAUGAUGGCGUUGGCGCAAGCGCUGCACCUGCAGCAGCAGCAAGAGCAGCAGCAGGAGCUGCAGCAGGAGCAGCAGCAGCAGCAGCCAGCAAUGCUGCCGACAAACCAACAACCAUCCCUGCUCACCGCUCCCUCUGCUCCUCCUGCUCCCUCUGCUCCUCCUGCUCCCUCUGCCCCUCCUCCCGCUUCCCCUUGUGCUCCGCCUACUGCCCCACCUCCCGCCAUCACAACCGGCGCCGCUCCCCCUUCAACCGCUCCUCCGCCCACUCCGUUCGUGGCUGCUGCCCCUCCCCCCUUCCCUCCUCCCGCGCCUCUCCCUUCCCCCCCUCUCGCCUCUCCGCCUCCCCCCCCUGCCACCCCUCUCCCUACCGCCGUCAACCCUCCUCUUCUAGCUCUAUCCUCCCCUCUUUCCCUCCCCCUAACCCCUUCCGCCCCCCCGCCGAUAGAUCUACCCCCUCAGGCAGCUUGGGUUGCAGCUGAAGCGGGUGGCGCCGGCAGCAAGGGAGGAGAGAGCGAGAUGGAGGAAGAGCAGGGGGGAGAAGGAGAAGGGGAGAGAGGCGGAGGCAGCAAGCGAGGGAGGGAUGCGGAGGGCGAGGCGGAGGCGGCGGUGGGGGAGGGGCCGCUGAAGCAAGCGAAGGUGGCGGAGGCCCAGGCAGCAUCUGGGGCGGCAUCAGGCGCCGCAUCAGCUUGCGAGUCCAUGGAAGAGGGCUCCAAGGGCCCCAAGGAUUCCAAGGCGUCAGGCUCCCUGGGAGACACAGAGACUUCCAGUGAGGCGGACACGGGCCCAGAGACGGCAGCAGGAGCGGGCAGCUGUCUGGAGGGAGCGAGCUUGCGCGUGGGGGAGUGGCAGGUGGUGGAGCUGCAGGCCGCGGAGCUCACAUGCGACCAGAUGCACUUCUGCGACGCAUGCGGCAAGGGCUUUAAGAGGGAGGCCAACCUGCGCAUGCACAUGAAGGCACACGGCCACGCGCACGUGCGCGACACCACUCCCCGCCCUGCCCUCUCCCCGGUGGACCCCUCCCAGUGCCGCUUCAGCUGCCCGGUGGCGGGGUGCAAGCGGCACCGGGGGCACGCGGCUUUCCAGCCGCUGAAGACGGUGCUCUGCGUGCGCAACCACUACCGCCGCUCGCACUGCCCCAAGCUGCUGGCCUGCUCGCGUUGCGGCGGCGCCAAGCGCUUCGCCGUGCUGGCAGACCUGCGCACCCAUGAGAAGCAUUGCGGGCAGACCAGCUGGGUGUGCUCCUGCGGCUCCUGCUUCAGCCGCAAGGACAAGCUCAUGGCGCACCUGGUGAGCUUCAUCGGCCACUCCGCCGUGUCGCCAAGGAACAACCGCGCAUGACUCAGCGGCACACAGGCAGAGGAGAGAACGCACUGCCUCUUGGGUGACAGGCGUGCAUGGAUGGUUCCCAUGCCUGCCAGCUCUACAGUGGCAGUGGAGAGGACGUACAGAUGGAAAGGGGUAAUCAAUGGCGGGGAUUCAUGCGGAUGUGAUGUCGUGGCGUGUCGUCCCUCCUCGUCAUCGUCUAUCGUUCUUUGUUUUUCUUUCUUGCUGUUAGGCUAUUUGCUUUGUUUUGUGCAGGCUGUGCGUGGACCUUCCAUCCUCCGCCUGUUCGCUUGUUUCCAGCAAAUUGGCCCACUCUUCGAGCCUCUUUGCUGGUAACAAGGCCACAGAAAGCCCUCUGUGGACAGAAUAUGGGGGAGGAUUGCAGGUCCUGGGCACCAGCUGCUAAGUGUCCCUACUAUAUAUUUUAACUAAUGCUUUUGUGCUGAUUUAAAAUUAUUUGUCCACUAAUAAUCUAUGGCCUACACA